UGGAGUGUCUCUCCGGACGUGUUUGAUAACAGUCGUCAAAGUCUCAACCAGCCGCCCGCACCCAUCUGACUCAUCGCGGGGUAAAUAAAGAGUCUGUGCAUUUAUUCGGCAUCCAAAAGACCUCACCCCCUCAUUGUCAACUCCACAUCGGCAAUGCCUUUCUCACAUCACAGCCACUCCGGGCAAUUCUGCCCGGGGCACGCCAAAGACUCGCUGGAGGAGGUCAUCCAGCUCGCCAUCGCCAAGAAAUUCCAGGUCUUCUGCCUGACCGAGCACAUGCCGCGCUGCCAAGAAGAUUUCUACCCGGAAGAGAUCGAGGCAGGCAACACGGAGACGGGCCUGGUGGCCAACGAAGCCGCGUACUUCCAGGAGGCGCAACGGCUGCGCGAAAAGUAUGCAGACCGGAUCAAAAUCCUGAUCGGGUUCGAAAUUGACUGGAUCCGUCCGGAAUCCCGCACACUCAUUGAGGCAUCUCUGGCGCGUCACCCCUUCGAGUUCUUCAUGGGCUCCGUCCACCACACGUUGACGAUCCCCAUCGACUACGACCGGGAUAUGUACGUGCAAGCGCGGGAUCUGGCCGGCGGUACGGACGAACAGCUCUUCCAGGUGUACUUCGACGAGCAGUAUGAGAUGCUGCGGCAGCUGAAGCCGCUAGUCGUGGGGCAUUUCGAUCUGAUCCGGCUGAAGAGUGACGACCCCGAGCGCAGCUUUACCCAGUGGCCUGCCGUUUGGGAACGCAUCCUACGGAAUGUGGACUUCGUCGCCUCGUACGGCGGGCUGUUGGAGUUGAAUUCGGCUGCACUGCGGAAGGGCAUGAGCGAGCCGUAUCCCAAGGCGGAGAUUUGCAAGGAAUUCCUGGCGCGAGGAGGUCGUUUCUGUUUGUCCGAUGACAGCCAUGGGCUCGACCAGGUGGGGCUGAACUUCCAUCGUGUGCUGGCCUUUGUGGAAGCCGUAGGUAUCUCGACGUUGCAUUAUUUGGAUUUGGCAGAUGAGCCGGCCGUGGACGACCGAUUCCCGCGGACCCAGAUUCGGUCAAUAUCAUUGGAGGAGAUGAAGACGUUGGCAUUUUGGCAGUAGCCGACGGAGCUGUCGUGUUGGUGCUAGAUCUAGAGAUAUCGUUCGUUAUGCAUGCCGGGAGGAAACUAUCCCAGGCUAUCUUCUGUAGCUAAUUUUCACAUUGUUCCACGUGGCUGAGUGAGCGUUGGGUUUCAUUGAGAGAUCCUAUCAACCAUGGCCCAGUCACGACGGUUGUCGGGUUUAUCACCUGUGCUGGAGAAAGCCUUCUCGCUGAACCCAAGUUUUGCCCUCACAUAGCCAGCAGUUGGUGGCAUAACUGUAAUACCAAAGUCCUCACGUCCGUAUUUACUCGGGCAUCAUAGUACAUCCAUGAA